CUCCACCCAUGCCCAUCAUUUUACAGACAAAUAGAGAAAGAUACUAUGUUUGUGUCCGAUGUUAACGUACAACGGUUGUAACGGUGGAACAACGGAAACUGACAAUGGUUCUCCUGCUGAAUCAUUUUUAUCAGGCGAAGGAGAACUUGUCGAAGAGCCGGGGGAUUCGCCGGGUACACCAAGGGAUACCGAGGAAGAAGCAACCCUUUCUGAUGAAUUUUAUUCCCACGACACCGACGAAGAUGAAGAACAACAGGGAAGACGUCGCAGGGAUCGAGCUAAUUCCCUAGACGGCAUUCCAUCUUCUGGUAAUGGUCAAUUAGGCUCGCCCACACUUAGAAUAGGAAACGUGGGCGUUAGAAAAUUAUUUACCAACAGUCGUGAACGAUGGAGACAACAGAACGUAAGCGGAGCUUUUGCCGAACUUCGAAAGCUCGUUCCUACCCACCCGCCUGAUAAAAAGUUAUCUAAAAAUGAAAUUUUAAGGAUGGCUAUACGAUACAUAAGAUUGUUAAGCAACGUUCUCGAAUGGCAAAACGCUCAGGAUCGAAACGGAAUGUUGCAUACGCAGGAUGGCAUCAGAAUUAAAUGCGAGGGACACUUUAACAACAACAACAACAAUAACAACAACAACAAUAACAAUAAUAAUAAUAACAAUCAUAAUGGUAUUUCAAAAUCUAAUUCUUAUCAGACAAAGUGUUCGAAUAAUUUAACGAAACAAGAGAAACAACAGAUCAACGAGAAUACACUGCAAUACAGAGUACAUUAUCUCAGCCAACAACAACAGCAACAACAACAACAGAGACAACAACAUCCUGUCAGUCAUCAUGGCGCCUGUGAUAAGAAUGGAAAUAACUUGUUAAUGAUUGUACCAGCUGUAUCGUUGAACGAAUUGUCGGGUUCUUCGAUUGAUAAUAAGCACGUUGAGUCAACUAAUGUUAUUUCUCAAGGCCACCAUCUUGGUAGUAAUACUUUGGGUACUACUAAUAUGAUUCGUUCAUCUUUAACUUGUUCAUCUUCAUCAUCAUCUUCAUCUUCAUCUUCAUCGUCAUCUUCAUCUUCAUCUUCAUCAUCGUCAUCUUCAUCGUCAUCUUCACCACCUUCGUCAUCUUCAUCGAACCUUUCCAACAGGGUCAACAAAAAUUUUCCUAAAUCUCAACAAAUCAAUUACAAUGUUUGUUCUACAAAUAAUUCUAUUGUAACCAAUGGGAAUAGUUGUAAUGUUGGUCAAAAAAGAUUACUCAAAGUUGAGAGACAAGAUGAUGAACAAUCUGGUAUAAGUAGAGAGUGUAGAUCAUCGUCGAUUAAUUGUGAACAUCAUCAUCAUCAUCAUCAUCAUCAUCAUCCUGUUGUUCAAGUGCGUAAAAGGGUCAAGGUCACGUUCGCCAAAGAUUCUACCGGUAAUUUUCGUCAGGAUUUUCGACACGUCGAAAGAAAGUGAAUUGUUCAAUUUAAUUGUAUGAAUAUCUUUUCUAAAUAUUUGAGUUUGAUUGAAAAGUUUUUUUUCAUUUUGUAUCUAUGAAAUGAGAAUAUGAAAUAUUU